AUGGACAGCAAGUCGAAUCGCUCCCUUGCACAUCUCUUUCCUGCCCACGACACCACCCACCCACACUUACUUGAGCAUCGUCGUGACGAAAUUGCAGUCAAGGAGUCGAUCUUGGCCCCUCAUGUGAAAGAGUGGAUAGACCGCCUCCUCGCAUCCUCGCCUUUCUUCAAUCGACUUCCAACAACAGAACAUACCGACGAUCAAAAAAAGCCCCCCUCAACAACAACAACAACAACAACACCAACAACAACCACCACAACCAUCACAAUGGACCCAACCCACGACCCCGCCCUCCUCCCACCCCCGGCAGCUUACCACCAACCCCCCACCACCAGCACGGGCCCCUUCCACACCAGCCUCACCAACAACCCCUUCUACGGCCCCGCCCCACCCCCCUACACCCCCCUCGCAAUGGAACUCCCCACCUACCACCAACGCCACAAAACGCCGCUCCUCCAGCGCGCCAGCGCAACCCCCACCACCACCUCCGUGCCCUCCCCGGUGCCCCGCUCGAAGCGGCGGAAGAUGCUCUGCGUCGGCGUCGCGGUGCUUUGUGCGGUUGCGAUUGUGAUUGCGUUUUUGGUGGGGUGGGAGGAGUUUAAGAAGGGGGGUGGGGGGAAUGGCGGUGAUGGUGCUGUUCGUGGUGAUGAUUAUCAUAGGGGGGAUUGGGAUGGGGGGUAUGGUGGGACGCCUGUCGGGUUUUUCUGGAAGGGCAAGCGGGAUGGGGGCGUUGAGGCGGCGGAGGAGGUUCCUAUCAUGACGAUGAGGGAUGUUGAGGUGGAGAUGGAGAUGGAGGGGAAUGAGGUUGUUGCCGUUGCGGGGGAUGAUUGUGCUUUUAUGAGGGAGAUGCCUGUGACUACUGAGGUGCCUAUCGUGGGGAGGGCGGCGUGUGGGGAUGAGUGUGAGGAUGAGGAGGAGAAGAAACCAAAGGGGCUGCCUCCUUGGGGUGGGCCGGGGGAUUAUCUUGGUCGUUGA